CUGGAAUUUAUUGAAGCCUAAGGCUCUUAGAAAAGUUGUAUGGAAAAGACAUACUUUAUGGUUUGAGGGGUGUUCUCUAGCUCCCUUUUAGUCAAAUUUAUGUAAGUUGUAAGCAGAAGGUGUGGUGGCAACAGAUAACGAAUGGUAAAGAGAAACUUCCCCAAAGACAGCCAGAACAGACCGGCUCGGGCUCAGGUCCACUUAGGCCUUAACUGAAGCAGCGCUGGCGCUUGACUCCGUGCACUCGAAGGGGUAGGCUGUUAGGAGGGUGGAACUACAUAUCCCAGGAUGCAGUUGUUCCUCCCAAGCUGUAGGUAGCCUGCUCCCUUCUCUCACUGCACUCUGGGGAGUGUAGUUUAUCCCUAAUCAGUAAUUGCGUACACUGUCUAGGAAACCGGGGCUCUUAAGUUUGAGGGAUCGGCCUCUCUAUUGGCCCCGCCCUUCCAUUGACCCCGCCCCAAGUUGCUUAGGAGAUGAGAGACGCCGAAUCUUGGAUUGUGUCAACACAGGGAGCAGGAUAGAUACGGAGAGAAAUCCUUCGAGGUCUGUGUCAGGAGGGCCGCCAUGGACAGCUCCGACAGUUCCUGCCAGGAAUGGUGCAGCCAUGGACAAUACUGGUUGGAACUCGGACCCACGGACUUAAUGGAGCGCAAGGGCUCCCUAACCCUCCGCUCCCAUCACAAGAAAUACUCGAAGCCAGUAUUGGUGUAUUCCUGGCACCGUGACAGAGAAAGUUAUCCCAAAGAUUAUGAUAUAGAGGGUCCUGAAGAAGUGAAAAAACUAUGUAAUUCAACAUAUCAUCGACUUGGAACCAGUGAACCCCUAAUUUGGAUAUCAGAAACACGUGAAAAAAUGGCACAAGUUUGUUUAAACACGAAACUGGCCAAAAUAAAGAGCAAGGCUUUAUUGAAUGAGGAAACUGUGAACUCUGGAAUUAUUGAAAGGGACACUGGAUUGCCUGCCACAGGUUUUGGAGCUCUCUUUACUAGACACCCAACAGAUUGGCGCAAAAUGUGUACAUUGACAACAUAUGCUGAAGAAUAUGCUCCACCAUAUGAAUACCAGCCACUUGGUGAUCCUUGUCAAGAUGAUGAUUAUUCAAUUGUCCACAGAAAAUGCCGUUCUCAGUUCACAGAUCUAGAUGGUUCCAAAAGAUUUGGCAUCAACACUUGGCUUGACGAGAGUGGGAUUUAUGCCAAUUCAUAUGUAAAACGAAAACUCUACCCAUUAACAGAUGGCCCUAUUACUCCCUUUUUAAAAUAAUGUAUGGAGUCAGAUUCUAUAACUAAUGAAAGGGAGUGAAUGUAACAGUUGAUGAUUUUCUAUCCCAAUAAAUACAAUGGAAACUUUACAAUACAUUCCUUUAACACAAAA